CUCCAGUUGAAAGCUGGAAACUUGUGAAGUCCCCAUUAAUGACCCGAUAAAAAGGAUACGGAGCUCCAUUCAAAGUUUUCGGGUCAUGUCAUCUCGCUGGAAAAACCUUUUACAAAAUUGCCAAAUAUUCCUCUUUUCUUCUCCAUUAACCCCCUCAUCUCCAUCAAUAUUCAUAACCUUCUCCUCUGCAGAUCUGUAAAGAUAUUUUCUUUCUUCACCAUGCGGUGAGGAUAUAACAAUUCCAAGAUUUUGCGUCUUUCAUUUUAUAAUUUUGUACCGAUUAUUUAUGUCUACGGGAGUUGAGAGGCAUGCCAAUUUCCCGGCAUCAGCUGCUGCAGCAACAAUGGCAUCUGGAGCGGGCGAUCCGCAGGCCCGAUCCGGAUGCUGCAACCCGGUGAAAAAGCCCGGCCCAGUGUCGAUGGACCACGUGUUGGCCGCCCUGCGGGAGACCAAGGAGGAGAGAGACUCGAGAAUACGGAGUUUGUUCAGCUUCUUCGAUUCCAAUAACGCCGGGUACUUGGAUUACGGCUUGAUCGAGAAGGGGCUGUCUGCAAUGCAAAUCCCCGCGGAAUACAAGUUCGCGAAGGAGCUUUUGGAGGUUUGCGACGCUAAUCAGGAUGGCAGAGUUGAUUAUCAGGAGUUUAGGAAGUAUAUGGAUGACAAGGAGCUGGAAUUGUACAGGAUCUUCCAGGCAAUCGAUGUGGAGCACAAUGGAUGCAUUUUACCUGAGGAAUUGUGGGAUGCUCUUGUCAAGGCUGGGAUCGAAAUCAACGACGACGAGCUCGCCAGCUUUGUCGAGCACGUCGACAAGGACAACAACGGCAUCAUCACUUUCGAGGAAUGGCGGGACUUUCUCCUUCUCUACCCUCACGAGGCCACCUUAGAGAACAUCUACCGCUACUGGGAGCGCGUGUACCUAGUCGACAUAGGCGAGCAGGCCGUGAUCCCGGACGGCAUCAGCAAACACGUCCACGCCACAAAGUACCUAAUCGCCGGAGGAGUCGCCGGAGCUGCCUCCCGCACGGCCACCGCCCCUCUCGACCGCCUGAAAGUAAUCCUACAGGUCCAGACGACCCAAGCUUCGAUCGGGCCCGCCGUUCGAAACAUAUGGAAAGAAGGCGGGAUAUUGGGAUUUUUCCGUGGGAAUGGGUUGAAUGUGCUCAAGGUGGCCCCCGAGAGCGCCAUCAAGUUCUACACGUACGAGCUGUUGAAAGGUUUCGUUGGGGACGAAAGUGGAAAUGUGGGGACCGUGGGGCGGCUCGUUUCUGGUGGGCUGGCUGGGGCUGUGGCUCAAACCUCGAUUUAUCCGAUGGAUCUCGUGAAGACCCGUUUGCAGACGUACGCGUGUGAGAGUGGGAGUGUGCCGAGCUUGUGGAAGCUUUCGAGGGAUAUAUGGGUUCAGGAAGGGCCUCGGGCGUUUUACAGAGGACUGGUGCCGUCGCUUCUUGGGAUUAUACCUUACGCGGGCAUUGAUUUGACGGCGUACGAGACCUUGAAGGAUAUGUCGAGGAAAUAUAUUCUUCAUGAUGGGGAACCUGGUCCCGUCGUGCAGCUGGGUUGUGGGACAGUUUCGGGUGCGCUUGGUGCAACGUGCGUUUAUCCACUGCAGGUGGUAAGAACUAGAAUGCAAGCUCAACGUAGUGGUGCAGGCACUGCUUACAGUAGCAUGUCAGAUGUAUUCUGGAGAACAUAUAAUCGUGAAGGUCUCAGGGGUUUCUACAAAGGGCUCUUCCCGAAUCUUCUCAAAGUUGUACCUGCUGCAAGCAUUACGUAUCUAGUUUAUGAGGCCAUGAAAAAAAGGAAGCAAGGGUACUCGUUUUCAGUCUUUUCUGACACAAGCUUUAAGUCCUUUCUUCAUUGCUCACUUUCGUUGGAUGGCAGCUUGGGUAGCUACUCCGCCGCUCACUUCACGGAUCACUCGUUGGAGCACAACGCUUACUGGAAAACUAUGGCGGAAGGGUUACGUGGAAGCUCGAAUUUUCCACUUUCUCGUGAGCUGAAACCAUUUUCCACCAUGGCCCAUCCUUUUCACUACUCCCAUCCAGAAGGAAUUAAAUCCAAGUUGCCGACUAAAGGCGAUUUUGUUCCCGUGAGCGUUGCCUUGGGGAUGAUAACACUGUCUAUGUCGUUUGGGCUUUACACGGCCCUGCACCAAUUGGGCCGGGCCCCAAACGUGUUUGUUAAGAAAUCUAGGCGGGAAACAAUCCCAGAGGUGGUGGAGCCCGAUCGGACGGCUGAGGAGGCCCAGAAAUUCGUGAAGCAGUCCUUUUUCAGAAAGGUGGCCCACGUCAAGGACUCGACUCGCCAGGAUAUCGUGCCCAACCCAAUUCGUGGCGACAUUUUCACAAGCUUUGCCAUAGCUGCUCGAAGGUUUGCUCGAGUACUCAAACUGAGUGGAGAUUUGCUUGGCGGUGAUUUGGCUACUCUUAGUCAUGAAAUUCAACAGCAAACCUCAAUCCGGUGGCAACAAAUUCCAUCGCAGCGACACUUCACGCUCGACUUCUCAAGACUAUUCUACGGUGAUCAUGCCAGGUGGUGGCUGUCGGUUCCGGCGUCAAGCAACAACGACGAGGCCGAGUUCGAAUAUGAUGAAGAGGACCCGAAGCUAGUCUUGAACGACGCCACUUUACGGCUGACGCAGGGAUAUUAUCAUUUUACUCUGCAAUGCCUAAUGGUUAAUGGUUGUAUGAUGUUGAUGGAUAAUGUUAUCUUUUUAUUUGUGGGUUUACUCCUCUCUAGUGCCGUAACUGUUCGAAGCAGGAAGCAAAGAGAACAGACGGAGAAUUUAAUUUGGCGAAAGAUCGACCCAGUUCCCGUUCUUUUCCGGUUUAAACUAAAUUGGAACAUUCGUUGA